AUGCGGUUCUUGGCGACAAUGCUCAGCUCGGCAGCAGCCCUCUCGACAGUUAACGCAGCACUCCUUGGUUUCUGUUACAGCGCAUUCUUCCAUGAUGAAACGCCUAAACACCAGGUUGAUUUCGAAUAUGAGUUCAACGCUGCCAAACAACUCCCCAAUACCAAUGGCCAAUUCAGCAGCGCUCGGCUCUAUAGCAUGGUUCAGUGGAGUACGACAGAUGGUAUUAUUGAAGCCAUUCCCGCAGCUAUCAACACCCAGACUACUUUGUUCCUGGGUAUAUGGGCAUCCGCCGGAGACCAAGCUUUUGCGUACCAGAUAGCCGCGCUCCAGGGUGCAAUUCAACAAUAUGGCACCGCAUUCACAGACCUUGUCGUCGCUAUCGCAGUGGGCAGCGAAGACCUCUACCGCCUCACGCCCAUCGCUAUUGGGAACAAUGACGGACCUGGAGCCUCUCCAGACACGCUUGUCAGCUAUAUCCAGCAGACCCGUGCCGCAAUUCGGAACACUGCCCUUGCAGGAAAGCCAGUUGGCCAUGUCGACACUUGGACAGCCUAUGUCAACACUUCCAACAAACCUGUCAUCGAAGCUGUCGAUUUCAUUGGCGUCGAUACGUACCCGUACUUUCAGAAGACGAUGAUGAACAGCGUAGGAAACUCUAACCAGACAUUCUACGACGCAUACGAUGCCACUGUCAAGGCUGCUAUGGGAAAGCCAGUAUGGGUAAGCGAAACUGGCUGGCCGGUGUCAGGUCCUCAGAUGAACCUAGCAGUUGCCAGUGUGGAAAACGCGCAAAUCUACUGGCAGGACGUCACUUGCAGCCUGAUUAGUAAGGGGAUCAAUCUAUACUACUACACCCUCCAAGAUGCGCAAUAUGGAUCUCCUGCUGUGAGUUUUGGCAUUAAACCUGCAGUAGGUGAUCUCCAAAAUUUGCAGCCAUUGUUCGACCUGUCGUGCCUUAAUUCCCCUAUCAACCCUGACAAAGUCGUUGGAAACAAUUAUGUUGCUCGCAUCUCUCCCAGAGAAUCCACGCUUUUCAACUUUGAUAUCCCUCCUGAACAUUCCGGCAAGACUUGCAACGUGAUCUUCAUUCUGCCCAAAGAUACAAAAGAAUGGUGGUCUGGUUAUCGCAUGUGGGCUCCGGGAGGCAUUAGUGUUUUCCAGCUUCAGAACCCAGCUCAGGAUACGACGAGCGCUAACAAAGUCGGCAACGUCAAACUGAUCGGUACCAUCAAUCAACUGAAUCUGGGCUCUGGGAAAGUAAUUCGCAGUGCACCAUGCGAGGCUGGAAAGAAGGUGGGAUAUCAGGUGGACUCAGUUGGAGGACUGGACCUGCAAUACUUCCAGACGAAAGAGCCUGCAAUAGGACUCUGGGUGACUGUUUCAUGA